ACUUGUAAUUUCUUUUUCAGGAUAAUGGCACUGCCAUAAUUUUCCAGAAUGAAAUUUCAACUUUUGAUUUUCCUAAUCAAAUUAUAAGCAAAGAAAAUCAGGUGGAGAUUCCCUUCAGUUGUGCUUAUCCAAAUAAGGGUCAAGCGUCUGCUUCAUUUAGUCCUCACAAGUCCAACUACAUGUUCUCUGAAGCUGGCUUUGGGACCUUCACGUUUGUGUUUGAGUUUUAUAACAGCGGCGACUUCACAAACAUCAUCGACCCCAGCGAGUACCCAGUCAAGGUGGAACUCGGGCAGAUGUUGUACAUGGGCAUCAGUGUGAAGUCAUCGCUGAACAACAUCAAGCUGUUUGUCAACACAUGCCGGAGUACGCCUCAUGAUGACCCCAAUGACUCCAUCUAUUAUGACAUCAUUUCAAAUGGGUGUGUUAAAGAUGACAGUGUAAAAAUCUUUCCCACCAAUCAGACUCAAUUUAACUUUGGACUGGAAGCCUACAGUUUUAUUGGAGGAUACCAACAGGUGUUCAUCACCUGCAGUGUCAUUCUCUGUGAAGCUGACAGUCCAGACACCCGAUGCUCUCAGGGCUGCAUUGAGAGCUCAAAUAUCCCAAAUAUCCCAAGCAGGAAGAGGAGGUCAUUGUCUUUGGAGAGCCAGAAACACUUCAUUUCCCAAGGACCCCUCUACCUUGCUGGGAAGACUCAAUACAAUAACAAUUUAGGCCAGAAUCUGAGUCUGAACACUUUGGUGCUAGCAGUGGCAUUCAUUGUAGCAGUGGCCAUUUUCGCUGGUGCCCUGGUUUACAAGGCAAAAAUGUCAAAGGUGGUCAGAUAUGAAAGCCUUCCUUCAUCAGGUUUUUGAAUAUCUUGACAAUGGCGUCUCACUGGAGUUGAUUUCUGAGGUGAAAUGAGAGUGAAAAAGGUGCCCUCAGCUUCAAUUUAAAUGGAUGUGGUGAUAAUUGCAUUAAAAUCAGGUUCAGGUUUAAAGACACACUUUAAAAUUAACAUUAAAUUUUCUUUUUCUUUUUAAUCAGUCUGAAAGAAAUCAAACACAGACAGUAAAUACGCAUAGUACUUAUUUCUUCAUAUUUAAUUUCAGCUCAACUUCAGGGUUUUUCGAAAUGCCAAAGUUCUACUUUAACUACCAUGUCUAUAGAUUGGGUGAGGUGCUGCACUGGUGCUUCCUGGAGCCAUCAUCUUAGGUUCAAAUCCCUCAAGUGAAGUUCUCUUUGAGUUUCCCUCCCACAUCCCAAAGAUGUGCAUUGGGGGUCAAUGUAGCCAUCAACAUGGGCACCUCAUGUGAAUUUGAGUGGAUCCAGCAAUGGACUGGCACCCUGUUCCACUCUAGUGCCUGGUGCUUUGCUCCACUGUGCCCUUAAAUUGGAUUACAUGUGUCUAAUAAUGUUAUGUUUGCUGUGUUAGAUUAGACACACUGAAGAUGUGUAAAGAACUUUGGUCCCAAUGUGUCAAGAGGGUAUCAGCAACAGAAGUAAAGCUGGCUAUUAAAGUCUUCUUCAUUGAUUUUGAUUCCAUAUGUUUGAAUGAUGUUGUCUUCUAAGUGUCCUUCUCCUGUCUUCUAACUCAGACGUUGGCAUUUACUGUUAUGUCCUUGGUAUAAUCUCAAGAGAUUUUUUAAAAUAUUAGUGUACUGUCUAAACAUCUGAUUAAAAAUUCUGAAAUAUCAAAA